AGCUGUGCUGUGCUGUCCAAAGUGAUGUUAUGGUGAAAUAGAGUUGACAUCACGACGUUUUCACUCCAACAACUAACUGUCUGCCCACAUUGGUAUUUGCGCGCACUGUCCUCCCUGUGGUAUUUUUAUUUUUUUCUUCUCACUAAGCAAAACUCCAAUUGGGGAAAAGCACCGACGAUUGGCAUUCUCAUUACCCCUAUUCAGCAGCCUCGUAUAGCGACUAAGGCUGUGCCCAACGCCACUUGCACUGGGGGGGGGCCGCCGGGAGCGUCUUCUGAGAGUGUGCGCCCGUCCACCACGUGCGCUGCUGGUGCUGGCAGCUUGCAUUGCUUGCGUACACAACCCAAAAAACAAGCACUAAAAAAAACAGUGCGCUUAUUCAGGCCCAUUUUCGCAUUUGCUUAUAUUUGGCGGACGCGGCCUGUCUAACGGCUGUCGCUUCCACAGGAUCCGCGCCGCUGUCCUCUUUUUCUUCUUUUCCCCCUUCCCAUCCAAAUCCCCGCGCCAUUUUCACUUUGCGACCGGGCACCCAAUCGCCAUCAUCGCCAAUCAUGGUGUCGCUCGCGCAAUCCUUCUUCUCACUGAAGAAGAAUAUCUUAUUUGCUAUUGUUUUGCUUGCAGGGCUCUGCUUUCUUGUUAUUCAGCUACGCCUCGGAACCGACCAUAUCCAGCGGGUACCAUCCGUUACGUCAACGACCAAGACGCUGAGCGCAGAGAAGAUUGUAGCAGAGCGGCUCUCCAAGUCGCUGAAUCAUCUUGCUGCGAUCCCCGUGCGCGAUGGCGACAUCUUAAAGGCAGACAACAUUUCUAGCUACACUGACGCCAUCUUCCUCCACCGGGAAGCAAAAAUCGAUACUUUCCAAUGUCCCCUGGUAAACGAGACACGAUACGCAGACCUUACAAAAUCACCGGGGCCGACAAAUCCGAAAAUACGAUACUUUUUCGCCCUCAACCUGCGAGAGAACCUCGGGCUGCUGCCCCGCCUGAUUGGCAGCAUUGUCGAUGCUAUACGAUUUCUCGGGCCAGAGUACUGCGUCCUUUCUAUUCUCGAGGGAAACUCUCCUGAUGGUACAGCUGAUGUCCUCAAUGCUAUCCGACCGCACCUCGAGAGCCUGGGCAUUCGCUAUUACCUCGACAGCUCUACGAUUGACCCGAAAAAGACAGAGCGAAUCCAGGCGCUGGCCGACUUGCGAAACCUAGCGCUGAAGCCGCUCAUUGUAAAUAGCGCUGAUGCCUCGAAAGAUACCACGAUUGUAUUUUUAAACGAUGUUGCCGCAUGCAGCGAUAGCAUCCUCGAGCUCGUCCUCCAACGACGCAACCUCGGCGCCGACUUGGUUUGCGGCAUGGACUGGAACCUGGAUCCGCCACGAUUCUACGAUAUCUGGAUAGCUCGCACAAUUAAGGGCGACGACUUUAUUGAUGUGCCCGAUGGCAGAUGGGAAGAGAUUACAGACCUCUUCUGGAAUGACGACUACGUCAUGAGCCGAUAUAAGGCGUUCCGGCCCUUCCAAGUAUUCUCGUGCUGGAACGGCGGCGCCGUCUUUGGAGCCCAGUCCACGCUCGAGGGCCUACGCUUUAGAGCAGCGAAGCAGGGUGAAUGUUAUCAAGGCGAGCCGCAGAUCUUUUGUAAAGAAAUGUGGUACAAGGGAUUCGGCAAGAUUGCCGUCGUCCCGUCCGUCAAUUAUGAAUACACCAUUGAGGCGGGCAGGAGGAUUAAUAAAUGGAAGGGCUUCGUAUCGGAUAUCGUGUCCCAACAAGACCCUGCGGACGAUAAGAUUGAGUGGCAGCUUACGCCGCCAGCACAAGUAAAAUGUAUAGGAGGCUGGGGCAACACGACUUGGGGACCAUGGGACGAGGCAUUGCCUUGAUGAACAAGAAGCAGCGGGUGACCGCUUGUAACGCAUUAUGCAUCAUUCUCUUUUUUUGUAUUUCUACUUGUAUAUAUAUUGUGUAUCUAUGGGGACAUCAAAAUUCUAUGAAUCUAAUUUUCUAUUUAUACAAGAAAAAACUCCCUAUCUCGUGAGGUGAUUGAAUGACAUCGCUCAAGCAGACAAGCGAGUGACUCUAAGUAGGAAUCUAAGCAAGCGAGUGGCUGUUGAAAAAGUCGAGGAUAAUGGGCGUCGCAUUGAAGCUGGCAACAUGGUGACCGUCACGCUUGUUAUCCUCGUUGGGCUGCGUGCUGGGCCAGUCGUGCCCAAUGACCGAGUUAUAGAUGUGUCUAACGAGCCCGUCGCUGCCAAACUUGUAUAAGGUGGUGUCGGCAGCAACCGACGAGGACGUGUUCUUUGAACCAAGGCCAUCACGGACCGCCCAUUCUUGAAUAAAGUGAGGGAUCGUGGGCAGACAUUCGCCCUUGCGAGCCCCGCCCUUGUAGGCAAUAGUGGUAUCGUUGCCGCCGUGGAACUCGAGGAAGGGGAUAUUGGUACGGCCAGCGUUGCAGGGGAUCUUGACGGUUGAUGCACGGCAAGGCGAAGUAUCAAUGUAAAAGGCGCCUGAGACGGGAGCAAAGGCAGCAAUGCGCUUCGACAGGUCUGCGUCGCAGGCGAGCACGUUGCAGAAGCCGCCGCCGUCAGACUUGCCUGUCGCAAAGAUGCGGCUGGUGUCGAUGCAGUAUUUGGCCUCGAGGUGGUUAAGGAUAUCGGUGGUGAAUUGGACAUCAUUGACUUCGACAUCGGGCACGCCUUGCCAUACGUCCUGUAUCACCAUGUUAGUCUCUGCUGUAGCAACGAAAAAAAGGAGCCUUACGUCAACGCCCUGAGGGUAAAUAACAAACUUGUCUGUGUUAAAGUUCUGCGAUGUCAACAGGUCCAAGUCCAAUUGACUCUGCGCGUUACGGCGGCCGCCAUGGAACGAAAGAAUCGCCGAUGUCUGCGCAGUGGUGGUGUACUUGGGCGGGAUGGAAAUGAGCACGUAUCGCGAGUCGUCGCCGUCGCUGGGAAUCGUCACAUUAUACACGCCGCCGGCCUUUUGGCCAGCAGGGAGUGCCUUGCCACAACCUGCGACGCCUGUAGGCUUGUGAGGAACAGCGCAGGCGCGGGCGGCGGAGGCGACGAGAAGGAAGAGGACGUUGUUGGACAGCAUCGUGUACAGAGACGAAUACGUCAAUUGAGAAGAUGUAGAUGUAGAAAGGAGGAAUUUCUACUGUCAGAU